AUGAAAGACGCUUAUCCUUUCCGGCAAGCCUCCUCAGGGGGCUUACUCAUCGCAGAGCUUCUUGACGAAUACAGAGCUGUUGCUGCCAAUGCAGAGCCGAGCAAGCCUAAAGCCAGGUCCAGACCCGGUCUGGAAGAAGUGGCAGUCAACAUCCCUCGUGCGCCGCCACAGCCAGUCGUGGUACCAGAAGAAGAAAACGAGGAGAACGCCCACGCCCACGCCCACGCCCACGCCAAUUUCAAUGCGAAUGCGUAUGCGAACGACGACGACAACGACAUUGAGAAUGAGAAUGAUCCCGACACCGAAGACGCUCAGACCGUGACAGACACGACAACCAGCACAACCAGCGAAUCGCCAUGCAUGCCGCCACAUAAACUCACCAAAGCCGAGGCUCGGGCGAUGAAAAAGGCGGCUCGAGCAGCCAAAUCGCAAUCCAAAGCAUUCAAGAACCAAGCCAAACACGCGGUCAGCGUGCGCACUGAAGACGUCGCCUUUGUAGCCACCGUCCUGCACGGUGACAAUGCCGCCAACCGCGCCGCCACGGCCACCCACCCGCUCGCGUCAGACAAGACCAUUGAAGAAGUCAUCCAGCGCAACAUGGGGUUUAUGGCCAACAUCCAGGACCACAAGAAGCAGUUAUUGUUAAGUAUCACGCAGCGCAGAAAGGCAGAUCGCGAAAGGCGCAAGUCGGGAGCGGCGAACGGCCAUCAGAACAACCACCACCACCACAACGCCACCAGCAAGAAACGUCGAUUCAGCAGCGGCGUAGGCCAUGACGACGACGCCGACAACAGCGAAGAAGAGACCGAGUACCUGCUCGCGGCGGUGCUGACGAAACUGGGAGUCGAUGCCGCUCAUAUCAGAACGCCGGCGGGAGGGCCUGCCAACGGCGCUGCGGCGACGAAGAAGGGCGCGAGCAGGGCGGCCGCUUCAGCUUCAGGAGGCAACGUCAAUGCGAACCUGGCUUCCCUGAUCGCCAACCUCAAAACCUUGGUCAAGGACGACCUGGAACGACAUGAAAAUGAAUUCAGAGAGACUUGUAUCAGAGCGGGUGGCUUUUGGCGCUUUGUCGGGAAACCCGUGUUCGACCGCAUGACUCGCAUUGCGGGCGAGUUGGACUGGAAGACCGGUGUCAAGAUACAUUGA